CCGCUACCUAAUACUUGGGCCACGCAAAUUCUGUUCCACAAGCCAGAAAGGCUUAAGACUGCUACUCCCUUCAGCUGCUGGAAACCGAAUAGUCUCAUUCGGGUGUCACCAGACGUUGUCUUUUUGUCAGUCCGCUCAAAACUUACCUUGCCGAUAAACUCGCCACGCGAACGCGAUAUCUCAUUCUGACGAUGAAGUUCUCCGGUGUGAUCGCAGCAGUAGCAACGCUAGUGGGCAGCAUCGAUGCCACUCUUUUGGAAAGCGAUUUACUCUCUGCUCAAGCAGUGUUGAAUCUGGGAGUUCAUGUGGCUCAGAACGGCUACCCGAAUCCCCAAAAGUGCACACUGAGGAACGUGGCUAUUCGACGGGAAUGGUCAACACUAUCGAAGUCGGAGAAAUUGAACUAUAUCGACGCUGUCAAAUGUCUAGCCAAGAAGCCCGCGAGGACUCCAGCUGCCAUUGCUUCUGGAGCGAGGAACCGAUAUGACGAUUUUGUGGUGACACACCUUCAACAAACUCCAUACAUCCACGUAACAGGCAACUUCCUCACUUGGCACAGGUAUUUCACCUGGGCUUACGAGCAGACACUACGCAAUGAGUGUGGCUACAAAGGUUAUCAACCUUACUAUAACUGGCCACGAUGGGCCGAUGACCCAACCAAGUCACCAUUGUUUGAUGGAAGUGCGACGAGUAUGUCCGGAGAUGGUGCCUUUGUUGCCAACAGAACUGGCUACUGCCUUCCGAGUGAGGCGCGCUGUUUCACGGUUCUUCAACCUGGGACUGGUGGUGGUUGCGUUUCUGGACCCUUCCAAAACUUUACCGUCAACCUUGGACCCGGACAAUCCCAUGGGUGGGACGUCAAGCCCAACCCUCAGGCUGACGCCCUGGGAUACAAUCCUCGCUGCCUCAAACGUGACAUCAACACGCAGGCCUCAAAGGACACGAGCGACGAGAACGUCAGCAAUCUCAUCAAAAACUUCCCUGACGUUGCCAGUUUCCAGUCGAAGAUGCAGACCUUCCAAGAGGAUGGUAAUAUAGGAGUUCACAACGGAGGACAUUACACUGUUGGUGGCGAUGCUGGAUCGGACUUUUCCGUCUCGCCCGGCGACCCUGGCUUUUACUUCCACCACGCGAUGAUUGACCGUACCUGGUGGACCUGGCAAAUGCAUGAUAUCGACAACAGAAUGAUGGUCAUCGCCGGCACACUUACUUUCAGGAACGACCCACCGACCCGUAACGCCACGCUUCAAGACACGCUGACCUUGGGAUAUGUUGGUAUGCCGAACAUCACUAUCGCUGAUGCCGUGAACACGCUUGAUGGCCCGUUCUGCUACAUCUACGGAUAGGGGAGAUUUGUAGAAAGAGUGGAUGACACCAUGCCUCGAUCAUACAUGUAGCAAUUUUCCUUAGAAGUAAUGUUCAUAGAC